CACUUCGGAAUUACGCCUCUAAUCUAAAACACUCUCUCGUUCCGUCCAAAGGAAGUCUCAAUUUUCUGGAGAGAGAAGCAAUUUCAGCCAUGGCUGCUUCCAGUCGUACGAACCUGCCGGACCACUUCAAGUGUCCGAUUUCGCUCGAGAUAAUGUCUGACCCGGUUAUCCUCUCCUCCGGUCACACCUUCGAUCGGUCUUCAAUCCAACGGUGGCUCGACGCUGGCCACCGGACUUGUCCAAUUACGAAAUUACCCCUCCCUGAUUGUCCUUCCCUCAUACCCAAUCACGCUCUCAGAAGCUUGAUUUCAAACUAUUAUCAUAUCUCACCAUUCAAGCAGCAGCCUCCUCAACCGGAAACCUUAAUUUCCGCCAUUACCUCUCGCUCGUCGCCAUUGGAGAGCAAAAUUGAAUCACUUGACCAACUUACGCGCCUGUCCAAGCGUGACUCGGUUUUCCGUCGCCGGAUGACUGAGUCAGGAGUCGUGUCGGCGGUGCUGAACUGUGUUGACUCUGGUGAACCUUGUGUACAGGAGAAAGCGCUUUUGUUGUUACUCAAUCUUAGUCUCGACGACGAUAACAAGGUGGGUUUGGUGGCGGAGGGUGCGAUAGGGAAGGUUGUGGCUGUUCUGUUAGGUGGCUCACCUGAUUGCCGAGCGGUGGCAGCAACCAUGUUGACGAGUUUGGCGGUUGUGGAGGUGAACAAAGCCACAAUUGGUGCGUAUCCAUAUGCUAUAGGAGCUCUUGCUUCUCUUCUUCGAGAUGGUGAAGGCAAGGAGAAGAAAGAAGCGGCUACAGCGCUCUAUACUAUAUGUUCUUUUCCGGAUAAUCGGAGGAGAGCCGUAGAAUGUGGGGCAGUCCCGAUUUUGCUGAGAAGUCUUGAUUCUGGCCUUGAAAGGGCUGUUGAAGUUCUUGGUCUGUUGGCGAAGUGCAGGGAAUGUAGAGAACAAAUGGAAAGGUAUAAUGGAUGCAUACAGAUUUUAGUACGGGUGCUGAGGAAUGGAAGCUCGAGGGGAAUUCAAUAUGCCCUGUUAGCACUGAAUUCCAUUUGCUGUAACAGUGAAAAAAUGGUCCUGGAGGCGACUAAAGAAGGAAUUUUGGAUACUUGUCUGGGAUUGCUGGAGGAUGAUAAUGAAAAGAUAAGGAGAAAUUCAUCCAGUUUGAUUAAGGUUCUGCGUGGCAACCAUCGGGUUAGUUGAUAGGAAUAUCAGAGUACAUUGAGAAGCUAGAAAGAGUCAGUUUUGAUAAGAUUUGUUGUCCGCAGUGGAGGUGAGUCGGGUUAUUUGUUCUUUUUAUUCUACCUUGUUGGUUAGGUCCUGUAUAAAAAGAAGAUAAUUUUUUAUGGUUACAAGGUUCAUUUGUAUCUUGUACAUUGAAUAUAGAUGAUGGGGUAGGUCUCUGUUGUUAGCUGUGAUGUUAAGAAAGUUGUUUGUUGGUCGUCUUGAAUUGUAAUCUUCCAUAGUUUCAGAUUCUUGGUCUUCAAGAAAGUUGCUUGUUGGUUGUCUUGAAUUGUAAUCUUCCAUAGUUUCCGAUUCUUGGUCUUCAAGCAAUGAUCAUAUAUUGGAUUAGUCGCGUUAUCUUUGAGUUUUCCCAACAAUGUAUAGGUAUACUUUAUUGAAGGAAUUGUGGGUUGAGUUUCCAAUCA